AUGAAUAUUAUUUCUAUUCAAAUUAUUGUUUUACUUCUUCCGAUUGUGACAAUUAUCAGUUACACUGAGACAACAACUAAACAAACAACAUUGCCUCAAAAUACUGGUUUUCGUUCAUGUCAAAAACCAAAAAAUGGUCAACAUUUAUGUUUUUGUGGGAAAAACAAUGUACAAUAUGAUCGUCUCAAACGUGAACGAUGUGUCAAGGGACAAGUAAUUAAAAAAGGAAGUCAAAAAAGUGGUACAUCAAAAAUUCCUGGUCUUCGAUUAACAACUAAACCAAUUCAUCAAUCUACUCGUGAUGAUAAUAGAGAUACUCCAUGUAUAGGUCUUCGAUUCAAACCAUCACCGACUGAAACCAAACAAGCCUAUGUACCACUUCGUAAUGUAUCAGUUGAAGCUUGGAUUGAUUCUUUUGCUGCCGACGUCACUUUGACCCAAGUGUUUAUCAAUCAAGAAGAAAAUCCUAUUGAAGCAAUUUAUGUAUUUCCUAUUGAGGAAAAUGCUGCCGUUUAUUCUUUUACGGCUGAAUUUGACAAUCGGACAAUCACAGCUGUAUUAAAAGAAAAGAAAACAGCAGAAGAAGAAUAUAAAUCAGCUGUUGAACAAGGUCAAACAGCAUUUUUAAUGCGACAAAGCAGAGAAACAUUAGAUACCUUCACAGUUAAUGUUGGUGCUUUACCACCUGGAAAAGAAUGUCGAAUCAUGAUUCAAUAUGUAACUGAAUUAGAUUUAAUUGAUGGAAAUGCUAUUCGAUUUGUCGUUCCUACGACUAUCGCUCCACGAUAUAAUCCAUCAUUCGGUCGUCUACAAUCACCUGAUCGUACAGCAGCUGAAUAUGUUCAAAAUACUUCAUAUUCAAUGUGGUUUCAAGCACAUAUUCUUCGAGGUGAAGAAUAUAAAAUUAAGCAAGUCGCUAAUCUUUCACAUCCAGUAAAUGUUAGUAUAUCAGGCCAAUCAAUUGAUGUUUCUUCAAUGGCUAUUGCUCUUGAUCGCGAUAUUAUUUUGGAUAUUGAUCUUCCCGACAAUCGACCAUUGACACGUUUUGCUAUCGAACAAUAUAGUGAUACUUCAAAAUAUGCUGUUCUUCUAGCAUUUACUCCACGUCUUUCUGAUUUUAUUAAAAUUACUAAUGGAAAAGAUACACUUAAUACUGAAUUUAUUUUCAUUGUUGAUUGUUCGGGUUCAAUGACGGAAGAUAAUCGUAUUGGUCUUGCUAGAGAAGCUAUGCUUCUAUUUAUACGUAGUUUACCAGUGGGUGCUCAUUUUAAUAUUAUUCGUUUUGGAUCAAAUUUUGAUAUUCUCUUCAAAAAUGAGACUUUAACGGCUGUUUAUGAUGAACAAACUGCUAAAGAAGCUGAAAAACUUACACGUUCAAUGCAAGCCGAUUUUGGUGGAACAGAAUUGUUGGAACCUUUGAAACAUUUAAACGAUCAUCCACCAAUUAAAGAUCGAUCAAGACAAAUUUUCCUAUUGACCGAUGGAGAAAUAUCAAAUACAAAUGAGGUGAUCGAAUUAUGUCGUUCAAUGGCUUCAACUACACGAAUAUUUUCUUUUGGUCUUGGUCAUUCACCGUCUCAUUCUCUAGUGAAAGGUCUUGCUCGUGCAACAAAUGGUCAUUUUGUUUUUGUACCUCCAAAUUCAAAAGUUGAUACAUACGUUGGUAGUCAACUUGGUCGAGCUCUUCAACCAUCAUUAGUAAAUGCUCACCUUGAAUGGUAUGGUUUGUCUAAAGAUGGAUUACAAGCUCCAAAAAAGAUUCCACCUCUUUAUAUAAAUGAUUGUGUAUUAGUUUAUGAAUUAUUAGAAGGUGAUGAAUUGAAAAACCAGAAUAUCAGUGUAGCUCUCUUUGUUGGAGACUAUAAAAUGAAUUCGAUUAAGUUAUCUGGUAAUAUUGCGCACAAAAGAGAUACAAUACGUCGAUUAGCAGCUAAAGCUUUGAUACAAGAAUUGCAACAUGAAACAUAUAAUGUAUCGGAUACAGAGUACGUAUUUAAAGAUAAACAAGAUUUCUUUAAAAAAAAAGAAAACAAUUCAACACUUGAACAACAAAUUACGACACUAUCAAUGAGUCAUCAAAUUUUAUCGCCCUACACAGCCUUUGUCGCUAUAGAAACUACUGGCCCAAAAAACAAUAAUACUGGUUCUAAAGUUCGUCAUAUACCUAUUCAAAUAUCGAAAGGUGGUGAACAUUUAUUUUCUCACCAAAGCGUAUAUUCUUUUCCUAAUCGCGGUGCAAGGGGGCCGAUGGGCUUCUUUUCUGGACAUCAUGCACAACCUGUGGCAAUGCCAUAUUCGAUGGGCUACGGUUCUGGACGUCCGGUACCGGCAAUGACGAUGCAUGGACCAAUGUUGAUGGACAAGUCACACUAUUCCUUUCACCGAGGACCACCUGGCCCACAGAAAGCCGGAAAUUCAUGGAUCAAGCCAUAUGCGCAACACGAUUCGGACGAGUCUUCAGACAUUGCUACCACUACUCCAUUGUUGUCUGCUGAUCCUGUCCGCUGGUUAAUUGAUCAACAGUCAUUCAACGGAGCAUGGCUAUUAAAUGAGAACGAUAUUAGAAAAUUGACCAAUGGCAAAUCGUUAAGCGCAUUUAUAUCAAACGUAACUAAAGCUAAAGAUGCUUUAACAACAGCAUUAGCCAUUGCUAUACUUGAAUUAAAACAUGCAGAUCAAAAGAAUCUUUGGUAUGGAGUGACAAAUGAUCAUGAAAUGAAGCAUUAUUUUAAAUCUCUCCCUCAAUUAAAUCUAAUACCUGCUUUACCUAAAAACCCGCGUAAUUAUCCAAUAAUAUUGAUUGGUGCUGGUACAAUCAUCACUUCAGGACAUUUACCAGCAUAUAAAAUAGCUGGAUUUUCUGUCAAAGUAUAUAAUACAAUCAACGAAGCAUGUACAACAUCAACAGAUGAAAAUAUUAUUUCUGAUUUGGCUGUUGCAUCAAAUCAAAUACAAUCUAUUCUUAAACAACUUCCAAUAAAUUCUCAUGCACUUAUACAAAAACCAUUGGGGGAAAAUUUUAUCGAUGCUCAAUCAAUUGUUAAUAUAUGUAAACAACGUCAUAUUCAUGGUUCAAUAAAUUUUCAACUUCGUUAUGCCUCUUAUAUACUUGCUCUUAAAGAUGCUAUUCGUCUUGGUUGGUUAGGUGGACAAUUAACAACUAUUGAAAUACAUGUUAAUGUACAUAUGCCAUGGCCAUUAUGGCCAUUUUUAGCAACUGUACAAAACCUUGAACUAACCUAUCAUUCAAUACAUUAUGUUGAUUUGAUACGUGAUCUUUUAAACCCAUAUGAACCAAGUGCUCUGCAUUGUCGCACAAGUCAAUAUGUAAUGAUGCCUCAUUUGAUAUCGGUACGAUCUUCUUAUUCAUUUGAAUAUAAACACGAUCCAAUGUUAUAUGUAAAUAUUUAUACAAAUCAUCAUCAUCGAUGGGAUAUGAAACAUGCACAAUCCUAUAUACUUGUUGAAGGAACUGGAGGUGCAGCUAAAGCACAAAUUGGUGAUAAUCUUGCAUAUGGAAUAAAUACAGAAGGACAACAAACAGAUUAUUUACAAAUUUGUUCAGAUGAGAUGACGAAAGGUGAAUGGAUUGAUAUUGAUUUACAAGGACGAAGUCGUUUUCCUCAUGCAUUUAUUGGACCAAUAGCAGCAGCUAUGCGUCGAUAUGAAAAUAAACACGAUCAACCUUCAACUGAUAUUGAAGAUGCACUCAAAACUAUGGCAAUAAUCGAAAUAGCAUGGAAAAGUUGGACAAAUAACAUGACUCCAAUUCAUUACAAUUAA